UCCAAUAUCUUUCGCUCUCUGUUCUCCGACUGUCGGACGGAUUUCACACUUGUGACCGGCAUUGAAACACGAGAGUUGACUCACGAUGGCUAGGAAACGAAAACGAUCGCUCUUGGAGAAAGUGAUAAACUCACCGACAGAGAAAGAACAUGGUACGAGUCCUAACCUCACCAAGUACUGGCUUCAACGCUACGACCUCUUCUCAAAAUACGACCAAGGUAUCGAGAUGGACGAAGAAGGAUGGUACUCUGUAACCCCGGAAGAAAUCGCAAUCAAUCAGGCAGAGAGAUGCCGUGGGAAAGUGGUGAUUGAUUGCUUCUCAGGCGUUGGUGGCAACACCAUCCAAUUCGCUAAAGUGUGUUCUUCUGUGAUUGCUAUAGACAUUGAUCCUGUGAAGGUCGAAAUGGCUAUCAACAAUGCAAUGGUUUAUGGAGUUAAUGAUCGUGUAGAUUAUAUCGUUGGUGAUUUCGUUCACUUAGCUCCAUCUCUCAAAGGAGAUGUAUUGUUUCUUUCACCACCAUGGGGAGGACCAAUGUAUAACAAAGUUAAGAGUUACACACUGGACAUGCUCCAACCAAAAGACGGGUACGAAUUGUUUCAGAUUGCUCAAUCCAUUACGCCUAACAUCAUAAUGUUUCUACCGCGAAAUGUCGAUAUAGCACAACUGGAAGAACUUGCUUGGCUCUCCUCGCCUCCUCUAUCUCUUGAGAUAGAAGAAAAUUGUGUUGGAGGAAAAAUCAAAGCCAUAACGGCUUAUUUUAGUUGCAGUGUGGUUUAGUUGAGAAAAUUAGGACUCUUUUUGCAUCAAAUUUAUCUGUCUGCAUCAAGCUUUUGAGGAGUUGCUCACUAAUUAUAUAUUCCUGCAACCUUGUAAUUUUUUAGAGAGUUCUUUUUGUAUAAUCCUGAUAUCUAUUUCUGAAGACACAUAACUCAUUCUAUCUUUAACAUUUUAAGUUGUCCAAUGAAUGCAUUUUCA